AUGUUGUUCUAUCUAACAACAUUAAAUCUAGCCCAUAUUCUCAGACAGGAUGCCCCUGUGUCGAAUGAGAAUCCUGCAACCAGAGAGACUGUUGCUUCAAUUGAUGCAUGGACACAAUCUGAUUUCCUGUGUGGAAAUUAUAUCUUGAAUGGCCUCGAUGACACACUGUAUGAUGUUUAUGCAGCAUUCAAGAUGGCUGGAGAAGUUUUGGAAUCUCUUGAGAAAAAACCAAGGAACAAUCAGGCCAAUGUGACUGAAGAAAACCUGGCUGCAGUGGUGGUUGAUACUGGAGCCAACCGCCAUAUACGUGGUGAUAAGAAUGCAUUUCUUACUUACCAAGAGAUACAUGGUGGUAAGCAACUGUUUAUGGGAAAUGCCUCUGCAUCUGCUCUUGUUGGAAAGGAAAAAGUGCUCCUGAAAUUCACCUCUAGAAAGGAACUAACCUUCCUAGAUGUGCUACAUGUGCCAGACACACGAAGGAACUUGAUAUCUGGACCUGUUCUAAGCAACAAAGGAUUCAAACUAGUUUUCGAAUACAACAAAGUUGUACUAACUAAGGUGGAAAUGUUUGUGGGAAAGGGUUACCUUGCUAAUGGGUUGUUCAAACUUAAUGACAUUUUUCCUUAUAAACAAGGAAGGUUCAAUGUCAAUAGAAAGAGAACUAUUGAUAAUUCUAGAAUAGAUGAUAGUCAUCCUACUUCAUCUAGUGUUCAAGAAAAUGAACAUGAUCAAGAACCUAGAGAAAGUAAAAGGACAAGAAUACCAAACGAUUUUGGACAUGAUUCCUUAACCAUGACAGCUGAAGCUGAGCCUCAAACAUAUAAACAGGGCAAUAUCAAGUCCUGA